CUCUCUCUCUCUCUCUCUCUGGCAGUGCUCAGCAUUGUUGGCAGGAGUGUCCAGAAUAAAAACAGCAACACCAGACACAGGAGAGAAAAAAGCGCAAUGAUCCAUCGGACUGAAGGCUUUGCCCUUUCUUAAUUACGUCGUGUCCAGCGUCGUGUUUUUUUUUUCUUUUCCCCCCUCCCCCCUUCACUGUCUACCUUUUUUCUUUUUUCGAGACUUUGUGAAGUGGUAAUUAGCUCUCUGAGAAUAAAACCAGCUGAUUUGGAUCGGGCCGGUGCAUUUCGGGGCGAGAUGGCUAACGGGACGGUCGUGGCGCUCCUUCUCAGCUUCCUGCUCCUCGCGCUGCUGCAGCCUUCCCUGCAGGGAGGAGUGUAUUUGCCUGCGGGAGUGGGAGCUGGAGGAGUUCCAGGUGGAGGUGUGGUUCCAGGUGCUGGACUUUACCCAGGUGCUGGUGGGGUCCCCUUCAAACCGGCCAAAGCUGGAGGAGGAUAUGGAACUGGUGUUGGAGGCCUGGGCGCUGGUGGACUUGGUGCUGGAUUGGGUGCAGGAGGUCUAGGAGCUGGAGCAGGUGCCAAGCCCCCAAAACCAGGUUAUGGAAGCUUGGGCAUUGGAUCCCUGGGUGGUGGAGGACUCAGACCUGGAGUUGGUUAUGGUGGAUAUGGUGGUGGACUCUAUCCUGGAGGCAUAGCUGGAGGACUGAAACCUGCUAAACCAGGUGUUGGUGUUGGUGUAGGUGGAGUUCCUGGUGGUGGCCUUGGUGCUGGAAAAGGCCUGAAGCCUGGAAAAGGAGGGCCUGGUACUGGAGGGACAGCUCUAGGUCCCGGUGCUGGCGGCACUGGGCCUGCGCUCCCAGCAGGAACUCCAGUUAUUCCUCAGACUGGUCUGCCAGGUGUAGGCCCUGGGGGGAAAGCUGCAGCAAAGGCAGCAGCGAAGGCAGCAGCGAAGGCAGCGGUGCCAGGUGUGGGAGUACCUGGAGCUUAUCAAGGUGGACUUGUACCUGGACAAGGGUUUGGUGGACGUGGAGUGCUUCCAGGUGUAGCGACAGGAACUGGACUAAAACCUAAAUCAGGUGCCGGCGGCGUCCCAGGUCUGAUGCAGCCGGGAGUUUUUCACGGAUACCCUCUCAAAUCUCCCAAAGCUCCAGCGUAUUUCCUUCCAGUGAGCAGCCAGUUUCUGCCUUAUAAUGGACACAACUUAAUGCGCUUCUAUGGGUACCGGCUGAAGGUCAUGUACGGUGGCGUUCCUUACACUGGCGGCAAACUUCCGUAUGGUUAUGGCGGCUUUGGUGGUGGUGGGGGCCUACCGGGGGGCAAAGGAGCUGGCACUAAGCCAGGCUACCCCACAGGCACCGGUGUGGGGACAUUAGGUGUUUCGGCUGCACAGGCCAAAGCUGCUAAGUAUGGUGCUGGAGCUGGCUUAGGUGGAGUUGGAACUGUUCCAGGAGCGGGCGGGCUUUACCCCGGAGUUGGAGGUAUAGGGGGUCUUACACCAGCUCAGGCCAAGGCAGCUAAAUACGGUGCUGCAGCUGGUAUUGGUGGUCGUGGCGGUGUUGGUGGAUUUCCAGGAGCUGGAGGAGUCUACCCUGGAACAGGAGGUGUAGGAGGUCUCACUCCUGCUCAAGCAAAAGCUGCUAAAUAUGGAGCUGGUUUAGGUGGAGCGGGUCUGGGAGGUGUAGGUCAAGUACCAGGAGCUGGACUUUACCCAGGAAUAGGAGGUACAGGAGCACUCACAGCUGCUCAGGCCAAGGCAGCCAAAUAUGGUGCUGGGUUUGUACCUGGAGCUGGUACUGGUUUAGUACCUGGAGCUGGUACUGGUUUGGUACCUGGAGCUGGUACUGGUUUAGUACCUGGAGCUGGUACUGGUUUGGUACCAGGAGCAGGGACUGGUUUGCUACCUGGAGCUGGUACUGGGCUGGUACCUGGAGCUGGAGCUUUCCCUGGAGCAGGCUAUGCUGCUGCAAAAGCUGCGAAAUAUGGUCUCGGUGGAGUGGUGGGUGGAACUGGUGGCAUUCCAGGAACAUCCACAGGUGUUGGAGUAUAUCCUGGUGGAGUUCCCAAGUAUGGCAUACCUGGAGCAGGUGGGAUUCCAGGCAUUGGAAGCCUGGGAGUGCCAGGAGCAGUGCCGGGCACUGGAGGUGUCCCGGGAGGUACAGGCAUUGGAGGUAUUCCAGGAGGUGUAGCAGGAGGAUAUCCUGCUGGUGCUAAGGCGCUCAAAUAUGGUCCUGGUGGUUACAGGCUUCCAGGGGGAGGUGCUGUACCUGGUGCAGGGCUUCCGAUAGCUGGAGGUUACGGGACCGGUGUGAAGCCCCCUAAAGCUGCUGUUCCAGGAGGUGUUGGAACCGUGCCUGGUGGUGCUGGAGUUGUUGGAGGAACUGGUGGAAUCCCAGGACAAGUCUAUCCAAGUGGAGUCAAGCCCCCUAAAUACGGUGCAGGGAUUGUUCCGGGAGCAGGAGGAGUGCCAUACCCUGUUGUUCCGGGAGCAGGAGUUGUACCUGGUGCUGGAGGAUAUCCCACUGGAGUCAAACCACCCAAAUACGGUGUGCCGAGCACUGGCAUUGGCGGAACAGGUGUUGCGGCACCUGUAGCGACACCUGGAGUGCCAGACGGAACUGGAAUAGCCAUUCCAGGUGGCACCGGUGUGCCUUUUGUACCUGGGAAGCCAGCAAAGAUUGGCAUUCUGGAACCUCGUGGAACCGUUCUUCCAGGAACGACGGCUAUUGUCACAAAUGGCACGGCCCCUGAGCCCAGUGGAACAGGAAUAGCCCCAGGAGCUGUGCAGCCUGGCGUUGGGGCUGGAGUCAUUCAGCCGAGUGGUGGUGCAGGUGUACCAGCACCCAGUGGUGUCCAGCCUGGCGUUGGUGUGGUACAGCCUGGUGCCGUUGCUAAACCUCCUAAAACUGGCGGAGUGGGCCCUGCCGGUGUGCUCCCCUACGCUGGCUAUGGAACCGGGACUGGAGUUCUGCCAGGAGCCAAGCCGCUUAAAGCGCCAGGUGUUGGAGGAGCAGGUACCAUUGCUGGAGUAGGACCAGGUGUGAGGUAUCCUACAGGUGUUGGACUCGGAGCUGGUGGUAAAGCACCCAAACCAGGCUAUGGCUCUCUGGGCACAGGAUUUCAACCAGGUGCUGUCGCUCCAGGAGGUUAUGGAGGAUACCCACAGGUUUAUCCAGGACUGGGACUAACGCCGUAUUGCAAGACGACAGGAGGAUAUGGAGUCCUGACACCACAGCAAGCUAAAGCAGCCAAAUACGGAGCACUGCAGGGAUUCCUGGGUGGAGGCUACAGAGGCGGAGUUGGAUGCCAAGGCAAAUACUGCGGCAGGAGAAGAAAAUGAGCGAUCUCUUGAGAUGUGAAGUGACCUCAAGAAACAAUGGUGCUACUGCAUGAUCUAGAAUGUACAUUUGAUAUGCAAAGAAAUCCCAUCAUGUACAAAUAUGUUUUAUACCUACAGGAAAUAUUUUUGAAACGACUCCAAGGCAAAAAAAAGCCCAGAAAGAUGGAGAGAGAGAGAGAGAGAGAGAGAGAGAUGCUGUUUGAGUGAUGAUGUAGAUCAAAACUGCAGUCGAUCAUGUGACAUGUUCCAACAUGUUGCUGUGUCUUUUUGUAGGUUUGGUUUUCUAAGAAUUCUUUUAGAUACAAUUUAAAAUACUACCCAUAAUAUUUCCGCAGUGGAGAUAUUUGGCAGACCAAAGGCCAAAUACCAUAGAAGCGUUUGCAUUUAACAUCCGGCACUUUUUUAUUCUGUGUAAUAAAUGUGCGUAAAUAUGAAAAGGAUCUGUUUCCUCUGGGAAUUGCCCAACAUGUGCAAUUUCAAAAUGCUAUUUUAAUCCUAAGAUAUUGGCUCUUUGUUGGAUUUGGGGUUUUGAUGCUAUUUCUAACAUGAAGUGGAAGCACCACUCUGUCCAGUUCAAGAGGUCAGCUCUGUUUCAGUGCCUUUUCUAACAUGUUCUUGCCGAAUUCUGCUCGGCUAGGUUAGCUUCAGCGAGCCAAUUACCCAGCUAGAAAAAACAGCACAGACCAUCAAUGCGUGACUGAUGACCAACAAAACCGGCUUGUGUUGUGUUUUGGAAGCUGAUAUGCAGGUCAACCAGUAUGACCGUGCUGGGUGACCAGCCAAAUCAGCACCAGACCAGCAUAAACCAGCAUAAACCAGCUUAGACCUUAGCUUAGAUGUAAUGGUAUGCAAUCUCUGUAAAAGUUAUUUUUGAGAAAUCUGAAUAUAACAUUUUUGUUUUUGCUAGCAGUGUAGCCGUUAGCCUGCUAACUAGCAAGCUAGCAGAGUAAUGCAGUUGUAUAAGCAGCCAUGUAGUAGUUUGCUACUAGCUUUUGGUCUGAACUUAGCAAACUGAAUGUAAUAGCUUUGAAAUAUUAAGUAUUUUCAUGUGUCUUAUCGUUAGGGCUUAUAAACAGCUUCGCGUGCCGCUUUUGGAAAAGGUAAAGCUACUCUGAGAGCUCUCGGAGCUAACUUCACAAGCUAUUACAGCAAUGAAACGUUCUUUAAGGUGGUGCUGGGGAUUCCCCUUCGACGAGGACACAUUAGAACGAGGAUUGAAACAGGCGGAAUGAGUCCAGCCUCAGAUUUACACUCUUUAAUUUUAUCUUUUAAUUUUAAUUUUAUUUUAUCCAAGCAGUUUCUUCAAUCUCAACCUAAGCAUGGCUACUAAAACAGACACUAGAUCAUCUCCCACGCACAUGGAUAAGACCAUAAAUAGGCACGUUUUAGCAACAAAACCCCAAAUAUAAGAAAGUUACGCAAACGGCCUUGAAACUGACCUCACCCACCUCGACCACCUCGGCCUUCGUUCUUGCUGACGCUGUCAAGUAUGAAGAGCUGCUGUGCUCUGAUUAUCUUGACAGCAGGCAAAGGUGGAUGAAAGGUUUUAGGGCUUUCCCAGAAAACAGGUCCUCUUUUGCGCACUUUUGACACAACGUGCGGUCUUGUGCAAAAGUUUUGGCACCCCCGGUCAGGUUUUUUUUUUGUAUACGUACAAAGUUUACAGGGAAGAAGUUCUGCCAAUUUUAAUUCACGCUCACUGUUUCUUUGCUGAGUUCACCAAAAAAUAAACCACACACUGAGGCUUGUGCUUUUGCUCAUGCGGCUUUCUGCGGUUUUAUGUGGCUUCAAUUUGAGUUUGACAUUGAAAAUUAGGAAGCGUUUCAAAUAUAAAACCGCUGGUGCAAACAUUUGAACUAAGGUUCUGUUUCAUGUUCUCCAGUGUGUUCAAUUUAGCUCCUAAGUAGAGAUCGUGCAUGGAAAACAGCAGAAAUAUGCCGUAUGUAAGUGCACUCCCUCCACAGCGUUCCUUAAAAUAUUUGCAAUUAGAAAAUAAACAGAAAAUGCAGUUUGACUGGGGUGUUUAAUCUUUUGUAUGAGGCUGCACGUGGGGUAAAAAUGAUAGUUGAUGAGAACCUGGAAAAAAAACGUAAAUAAACACUCACGUUGUCCCGAAAGUCGGGAACCAGGUGUUUUUGUUGCUCGAUGCAGAAAGUUUCUGUAACCGUUUGUUUGAAUUAGCUCUUAUAUAUCAUAUGCUUACAGUAUGUUGGAUCAUUUAACAGCAGGUUAAUUUGCUUAGUUGUUGUUCUGUUUGCACCAUUCGAACUUGACUUUUCUACAUUAUUACCAAGUUUGUACACAUGAUAUGACAAUAACUAUUGUUUUUGUUUUUAUUUUGCUUUCAGUAGCUUAUGCAUUUUAGUCACUGUGGAAAUUUGUAAUACUGUAUAAGAUUUUUUUUUUUUAAAGAUGUGAGCAGCGUGUGCGAGAGCGAGUGUGCGCGAGUGUGUGAGUGAUUUUCACCCCCCGGAGUGUGCUGAUGGUGCGCGUAUGAGUGUAUUUUAUCUAAUUGACUGAGCUUCUCUGUGUAAGCCUCACUAGCCAAUGUAUUACCCAUGCAAUAUUAAAUGAGCUGUCCUCAGUAAAUCAUUUCUCACCAUGUUGGUAAACCGUACUGUUUGGAGAUUCAUCUGAAAACGACACUUUAACUGAGCUCUUCCUACCUGGUGCUGUAUUUGAACUGCCUGUGAGCCCGACCAGGUCUUACAAUGUCUGUUGUGCCGUGGGAUUUCCAUCUUAUUUAAUAUAAGGGGUGGGGGUACUGCACUUUUUCCACGAUGCACAUCUGACUUUGUUCCCCGGAGAACCCGGCUUUUUAACUGCUUCAGUGAAAAUGAAAUAAAAACGUUUCUAAAAGGAAA